ACCUUGGCGAGAGGCUGGGCCUGAGCCUAGUGGGAGGUGGUCUUGACGCUGGUGGCUGCGGGCCGAAACCCGGGCUGGGGCUCAGGUUGGAGGCAGGCGGUGCCGCCACGGCUGCGGGAAUGGUUGGGCGGGAGAAGGAGCUGACCAUCCACUUUGUCCCUGGGAGCUGCCAGCUGGUGGAGGAGGAUGUUAAUGUCCCUAGUAGGCGUGCUUUGAUUACUGGUGCCACUGGCCUACUUGGCAGAGCUGUAUACAAAGAGUUUGAGCAGAACAACUGGCAUGCAGUUGGCUGUGGAUACAGUAGAGCUCGACCUAGAUUUGAACAAGUCAAUCUUUUGGAUACUCAUGCAGUACAUGAUAUCAUUCAGGAUUUUCAGCCCCAUGUCAUAGUACAUUGUGCAGCAGAAAGAAGGCCAGAUGUUGUAGAGAAUCAACCAGAUGCUGCUUCUCAGCUUAAUGUGGAUGCUUCAGGGAAUUUAGCAAAGGAAGCAGCGGGAAUUGGAGCAUUUCUGAUCUACAUUAGCUCAGAUUAUGUGUUUGAUGGAACAAAUCCACCUUAUACUGAAGAGGACACUCCAAAUCCCCUAAAUUUGUAUGGUAAAACAAAACUAGAAGGAGAAAGGGCUGUCUUGGAAAACAAUGUUGGUGCAGCAGUCCUGCGAAUUCCUGUUCUGUAUGGAGAAGUUGAAAAACUAGAAGAAAGUGCUGUAACAAUUAUGUUUGACAAAGUCCAGUUCAGUAACAAAUCUGCUAACAUGGACCACUGGCAACAGAGGUUUCCCACAAAUGUUAAGGAUGUCGCCAGUGUUUGCCGGCAGCUGGCAGAAAAGAGAAUGCUGGAUCCUACAAUCAAAGGCACCUUCCAUUGGUCUGGCAAUGAACAAAUGACCAAAUAUGAAAUGGCAUGUGCUAUUGCAGAUGCUUUUAAUCUUCCUAAUAGUCACUUAAGACCUAUCACCGACAGCCCAGUCUUGGGAGCUCCACGUCCAAGAAAUGCUCAACUUGACUGCUCCAAAUUAGAGACCCUGGGCAUUGGCCAACGAACACCAUUUCGGGUUGGAAUUAAAGAAUCACUUUGGCCUUUUCUCAUUGACAAGAGAUGGAGACAAACAGUCUUUCAUUAAUUUUAAGUACAAAAAGUACAGUAUAUGGCACUUUUUAAAGAAAAAGGAAAUAGUUUUGUAUGAGUGUUCUUCAAUUGUGACACUUAUGACCUUUCAGGUAAAUGAUAUUGCUCUUGCACUAGUGAAACUGUUACCUAAAGGAGCUAAGUGGCAAAAGAGCCCUGAUUGAAGUAAUAAUCUUUCCUUUUAUCAUUUUGUUUCUACUGGCUUAAUUUCUUGUUGGAAAAUGGUAAAUUAUGAUUCUUAAAAUAUUUUAUGACCAGGAUAAAGCAGAUCCACCACAGACUUUCUUUUGGAUGCAAUGCAUUGUCCAUGCUGUUGACUUCAGUUCCUCAUCACAAAAAAAAGGAGAAAAAAAAUCAUUUUUACGGUUGUUGUUCAAAUGUGAGUUAAAACUGAUGGGAAAAAUCAUUGGCGUUCAUUAUUUCAUUGCUUUGAGCUCAGAUCAGAUGUUUAAAAAAAAAAAAGCAAAACCUUAUUUUUGCAACUUAAGUGCAGUUUUUAUGCUUAAGAUAUAUUUUCAGAAUGUUCUGUAUCUUGAAACCUCUGUAGCUCAAUGCUUAACUGCAUUUUUAGCAAAAUACAGUGAGCACCCAUAUGAAUGGAUUCCUUUAUGUGUUUUUGUAACUGUCUUUUUUCACUCCAUGUCUCUAAAUGAUGUUUUGAAUCUGUGGCUGUACUUUAAACUUGUUUUAGUCUGAUAAUGAACCUUGUAAGCUUUUUUGACUAGUCAUGAACAAUAAUAAAUCUAUAUUGCUGGCA